AUGCCUCCAACCACACCGCGCUUGCGCAUUCUUUCAGUGGGCGGCAACGCGGUCUCUGCCUUCUUAUCGUGGCGUUUAUCGGCCACGCAGGCCUGCGAUGUGACGCUGGUAUGGAAGAACGGCUUCGAACAAGUGCACCAGUACGGCAUAUCAUUUAGGUCAGACAAGUUUGGCAAUGAACGAUUCAAGCCUAGACAUGUGGUGCGAUCUCCUGAAGAAGCUGCCGGCGCCUCCAGGGCUUCAUUCGACUAUGUGCUGCUCUGCGUCAAGGCACUACCGGAUGUGUACGAUUUGGCCUCGGUCAUUGAGUCCGUAGUUGCGCCGCAACAUACGUGCAUCCUGGUAAACACUACCCACUCCCUGGGCAUCGAGUCGUAUCUCGAGCAACGCUUUCCGACCAACGUCGUCCUCUCGCUUGUAUCCGGCGUCUCUAUAAUACAGCUCGGCGCCAGCGAAUUUGAGCACAAGGGAUCAUCGGAGCUAUGGGUCGGCGCAGCCAACAAGAAUCCAUCAAUACCUGCAUCUAUCCAAACAGAUAUGGCGGAGGCGCUGUCGAUGACUUUGAAGUCUGGCCAAGUGGACUGCGAAGUAUCCACCAACAUCCGGCAACAGCAAUACGAGCGGAUGAUUGGACCCAUUGCUUUUCACCCAGCGAGCGUUCUAUUCGAAACUCCAUCUCAUGCCGAACUCCUCGAAAAGACCGGCGCCCGCUCGUUAAUCAUCGGCAUUAUCGAUGAGCUUAUCAGCAUUGCAAAGAAGCAAGGCUGCGACUUCCACCCAGAGUUCCGCGAACAGACGAUGGAAAAGAUGAUUGUGCCAUCGGAGAUAAAAAGUAUCAUGUAUCAGGAUUUUACCGCCAGAAGGCCCAUGGAAGUGGAGACUUACCUGGGUACGCCUAUAAAACUAGCGCAGGAGAUGGGACUCCAGGUCCCACGCAUCGAGACUCUCUACGCUCUUUUGCACAACGUCAACAUCGUCAACCAGAAUAGGCCGGUGGGACCCCCAUCACCCUCCGCACAGGCCACUCCAAGGAUGUCGUCAGUCCCAGUUGCAGCACCUGCCAAUGGCGGCUAUGGCAAUGGAAGACCACCUCCAAACGCCAUGAACGGUCGCCCCAUGCCCAAUGGUAUGCGACCAGGCAGCAGAGCGCUUUCAGCGGCCGGCGGGCCGCCACCACCGAUGCGAAGAGGUCCGCCCUCAAUGAGUGGAUAUCCACCACCUGCCAGAAUGAACGGAAAUGGUUACGGUCCACCACGAGGUCCUCCGCCUCACAUGGCGAGGCGACCGUCGUUCGAGGGCAACGACUUGGAAGAAUUCAGCCACCUUAUGCUUUACGACAACAUGAAUGCUGAGGACGGAGCGUACGAUGUCCUACCGCCUUCAGCUUCUGGAGAUCUCGCUAUGCGUGAACGGGAACUAGCAUUGCGUCAAAAGGAGCUCGCCCUGCGAGAAAGAGAAUACAACAUGCGCAGAGGUGGUGGCGGCCGCAUGCCUCCUCGCGCCAGAGACGACUUUGAUGACGAUGAUGAUGAUGGCGAAGACUUCUUUGAUCCAAUGGCUAGCGGUGCUCCGCCCGGUGUUGAUGUGGACAACCUCGACAUGAUGAGCGUUACAUCUAGGAGAACACGAAAAGCACCGAGCGCGGGUCAUUUACGCAGCAACCCAGAGCUUAGCGGAGUGCCAAACGCGCCAAUGCGCCACAGCCGCAACCCAAUGAGACGUGCUGGACCUGGAAAGCAUCGAACGUCGGCUGCCAUUAUGGCUGACAUGCCAGGGUUACGCGAAGAAUUGAUGAAUAACCCAUUGAUGGGUUACUCCUCUGACCGCUUCGGCAGUGUAGACAGAAUGAACAUGGGCCACGAGUCAAGAGCAAAUUCGCUGACCGCAGAACGUCUGAACGAGCUGAAUGGACCUGGACCAGGUCCUGCACCCAACGGAUAUGGACCGAAUGGAUAUCCAAUGAAUCGGCGUGGCAGUCAAUCACCCGGCAAUCCCUUAGGUCCUGGCGGACGGCCUCCUGGGCGACCCUCGCCACCCAAUGGCUAUGGUCCGCCUCCUCCGGGAAGGAACGGGCGCCCAAGUCCACCAGGCAUGAGGCAACCCAUGCCUCGCCACCCGCCAGGUCAUGGCAACAUGGUCGCACCGCAUCAAAUUGAACAACAGAAUGGGGUGAGCAAUCUUUACCCUCCAAAGAGCGGUCCUCCAAAUCAAGUGCGCAGUCUGACAGGUUCUGCGAGCGCCAGCGCGGGGAGUGGUGAUAGCAACCGCUCAGCACCCAUCGAUUCCGAACCUUCCGCCCAUAGUUCAAGCAGCAGCCUAGGCCCACGAGCACAAGCGAUUGGUGUUCGAUAA